AUGGUUUAUUACCUGGAGUCUUUCUUUACCCCCGGAAGGGAGAAACUUUGCGCUACAGGCUUCGUGGUGGAACGUAGUCCUCCGAAACCUUGGGAUGGUGGCAUAACUUCUGCCGGAAAGCUUGCUGCAGACAUGCCUCGGUGGGGGGACCCUUCUCAUUCUCCGGUGUCUCUCCAAACUCGGCAGGGACCCGAAACUGCCAAGACACCAAAAAAUCGAUCUCAUGAUGCCGGCCGGGCCUGUGUCUCUGGCUAUAUAUAUAAGUACGGCAUCCUUUGCGAAGCCAGCUACUGCUCGCUAACCCAACCCCGUUCGUUUCAACUUGCCAUGCUUCACUUCGUGAGCGAGUGCGUCUUGAUCAUCCUCAUCGCCUACCCAAUCCUUUUCUUCCUCGUCGAGCAGCACCUUUGCUUAGCACAUCUCACCCCCAUCCUGCUCCUCGGUCUCACGGUCACCUCGACCUUGGUCAUUUCGGCGAUGUUGAACUGGAUUCUUGUGCUGUGGGGCGAGACAGAGGAGGGGGAAGACAUGUCAUGUUGUCGUGAGAAGGCGGAGGUGCUGAGCUCAGAGAACAAUUCGAUACCUGAAGGUGUCGUAUGA